AUGCGGGCAAAGCUUUGGAUGAGAUUUGCCCCCUUCCUUUCAAAGCGUUACAUCUCCACCUGCCGGACAUCCCCACUACCUCCAUCUUCAUCGAGCUCGGUAAUACAACCAUGGCUUUUUAUUGGCCUCGGUAACCCCGGUGAGAAGUACCAAUCCACCAGACACAAUGUUGGGUUUGAUAUGAUAGAUGCAUUUGCAGAGUCUCAGGGCAUAUCCCUGACAACGCAUCAUUUCAAAGCACUAUUUGGUGAAGGGGUGGUAGAUGGUGUCCCUGUUUUGCUUGCCAAGCCUCAAACAUACAUAAAUCUGAGUGGUGAAUCUGCUGGUGCACUUGCUGCAUAUUAUAAACUGCCACUUCACCGUGUCAUAGUGGCAUAUGAUGACACGGACCUGCCAUGUGGAGUUCUCCGUUUACAACCUAGAGGAGGAUACGGACGUCACAAUGGGUUGUUUAUCAGGUUGAAGAGUGUGAUCUACCAUUUUCGCAAGAACCGGGAAUUUGGUCGAUUAAGGAUUGGAAUUGGACGACCGCCUGGUCAGAUGGAUCCCAAAGCUUUUGUGCUUCAGAAGUUCAAUAAGACUGGUCGGGAACGGAUCGAUUCAGCCAUAAAGGAGGGAUGUGACAUUCUGAAGAUGGUGGUGACCAAGGGCUUGACGGAGGCGGCGAGGCUGUCAAAUGUGGAUCAGAAGUACAAGCAUCUGGUCUCACAUGACCAGCACUCGUAA